AUGGAAUCUGAUUCCAGAGGUAAGCGGGUUGACUUGUUCCAUGAUGGCCAGCCAAUGUGCCUUGCGGACUUUUUGGAAUGGCACACCCAAAAGUGUCCCUCUUACAGGCGUUUGAGCAAAGAGGCUGCCCAACGCAAGUGGCACAAGGACUUGCAGGACAAAUCCAUCAAGAAAGAUCAGGUUCAAGCUGUAGAUCUAGCUGGCCGAGAAACUGGUUUGGUUUGGAGGAUAUGGGUCACCACCAACGAAGUUCAACGUGAUUCAGCUUUUGCAGAGACACAAGUGGGCUUCAUUAAGUCUUCCACUCAGAUCAAGGCACCUUCCGAAGCUCAGCUCAGGAGCUUCCAGUCUGUUGCCAAGGAACUUGCCAUGGAAAAGGGGCUUGGAAUCGGGGUAGACUUUCAAGAGGAUUCGGGGAUUCAAGCUUCCGGGGCUGUGAAUUUGCCUUUACAGGCAAAGGUUGCACAGCAGCAGAAUAUUACAGGACCUCGGACCUCCCAAGCUCAAGGUCACCAGGCUUUGCUGAAGCUGGCCCCGUCUGUAGCUGCGCCAAAGUUGAGACUCAAGAGCAUGAAGGCUUUCAAUGAUGCCAAGAUGUUGAAUACCAAGGCCUUGGCUGGCGCAACAGCUGCUUUGGAUGCUAUGAGAAAGAGUUUUGGCCCGGACUUGGAGGAGCAGUCUGAUGACCCCCGUCUUCAGCAAAUCCUGCAUCGCGAGAAUCUGGCCAAGAUCCUUGCAAGCCAGAGUCUGAGCCAUGGCAACCUGGGCCAGACCCUUUCCAGGCAGAUUCAUGAGUUGGUGCAGCAAGACGAUUUCUUGAAAGAAGAGGGUUUUGAAGAAAAGAGCUGUCAAUCAAUAGGCCAAUUGACCUAUGCCAGAGACAUGCUCAUGAACCUGCAGCCCAAUGUGGAAUCAUUGCUGCAAUUCUACGAUGACCACCUUGAAAGCAUCCGCUGUCUGAAAACAUGUUCAGAGGCCUUGAAGGUUGCAGCAGAACAAUAUCUUGCCAAUUCGGCUGCUGAGAAGAAGGCCCGCAAGUUGGAGCAAGAUAUGAGAGACAAGGAGGAGAAGGAAGAAGCGGAGCGGAAUAAGGAAAACCAUGACCCGGACGGCCCGGAAGUGGAGGAAGAGGAGCCGGAAAAACCAAGGAAAAAGAAGAGCCGAAACCCUGCUCUUGGCGAGUUGCAGCCUGCAGAUCCAGAUGUCUUGAAGGUCUCCAGUUCCAUCUUUGACCCGCAGGCAGCAGACUCUUUGGAAAACAUGGCUUCUAUGCUGGUUGACAACAAGCACCAGGUUGUGCGAUUGAGGGAGGGCAAAUCCAAGAAGGUGUCCUGCAAGAAGGUCAUGCAAGCUGGGCCACAAAUUCAACCAGAUACCAUCAAUUCCUGGGUGAAGACGCUCAAUGCGAGCUUUGUUGAGUUCAAGGCCAAGUUUGGUAGUCUUCAAACUGCAAGAGUCAGCAAAAGCUAUGAUGCGCCUGGAGUCUUGCUUGGUAUGGAUUGGCUGAUAGGUCAAGAGUUGGACGCCCAGGGUAUGGGAGGGUCUGCUGCUCAGAUCCUGGAGAAGGGGUACAUGUUUGAUCGGCAAGAUCUCACGGCUAUGCUUCCAUUGGAGGAAGAUCCCAGUGCCCAGGGUGAUGCUUCUAUUGUGAACCAGCAGAAAAUUUACAAAGCCAACGGACUUACAAUGCAAGGCUUCCAGCUUGGGUCAACUCUGACAUCAUUUCUGCCAGGUGGGCUUCCUUGCUUUCAUUACCAGCUGGAAGGAAGCAGGAUCAUUGCUCUGAUGGACUUUGAGGAGAUCCAAGACUACAUGGGGCUUGAAAGGGCAGCGGAGGCCGAGAAAUCCGGAAAGCCGUAUUCAGAUAUCAAGCCGACACUUCCUGAUUGUGCGAAGUGGUUGGAAAAUCUGAGCCAAGAGAAGUUGCAAGGGAUGGAUGAAACCCCUUGGUCCUUCAAAGUCUUCUACAUGGGAGCUGGGGAACUUGUAUACUUUCCAGCCGGGGUAUUGGUGGUGGAAAAGUGUGUCAUGGUGGAUUCUUUUUGCUCACGGGUCAAUAGCAUGCUGGUGGACAAGUAUGUCAUCCAGCGGCUGCAACUAUGUAAGUCUCAUGGGCAUGGGAAUGCUAUUGCUGACUUGUGCAUCCUCAAGUUCGAUGGACUGCAAAAAGAGGCUACCUUGGCCAAAGCCUUGGCUCCUGCAGCAGCAGCUCGGCCCGCUCAGCCACAGCCGCCGCAGUCACCGCAGCCACUUGGCAAUGGCAAUGAUGGUGGUGGUGAUGGCGGUGCUAGUCUCAUUGCCUUGAGGCAGAAAGUGAAAGAAGAGGAAGGGGACAAUGACAAGGAUUCUGACUCGGAGUCGCAGAAUGAGAAUAAGAAGAGUCACUCAAAGCAUGACCAUGAUCUUCCUCCUGCUGCUGCCGUUUGUGACAAGUCUACUACUCACAAGGGUCAGCUGGACCAUGAAGACCAAGAUUUGCACUUUGGAAAGCCUGGACAGCCGCUUGAGUUUGACACUUUGCCACCAGGUGUCACUGUCAGUUCCCUGCUGGGCCAGAAGCCAUUGAAGUUCAUACCAUUUGAGGCAAGUCAAGUUCUUGUUCCUGAACUUGAACUUCAACUUUCUCAAGCAGCUCCGCUGCCGCUGCCUCCUACUACUCCUAGUCAAGUGCACCUGCCAUUGCCUAUGGAGUUGGAUGAGGCAAAGGCGGAGAGUCCAUCGUUUCCAGUUCCAGCGCCAGCACCUGUUCCUGAAAUUCCGCAAGCAGCGGUGGCAGAGGCAGAGGUCAAUGGUGACAUUGACAUGAGGAGUGAAGUCACAACCCCAAAGCCACAGCCAAAGGCUGAAGUUCCAGAGAGUGCAGGUGUGGCUGCAGGGUCAGAGACUGAGGCAAAGCAUGGCAAGGGUGAUCUUGAUGGUCUACACCUUGCAGGGCAUGGGCAGGCUGUGGCAAAGGGCACUGUGAGUGAAGCUGCAACUGUAACUGCAGCCCAAGAGUCUCAAGAGACAAAGCCAGGGCCACAGUCUCAGCCACAGCCAACGGUUGAGGCGUUGGAAGUUCCAAAGGAGGAUGCGGCGGAGGCGGACGCUGAGGCGGAGGCAAAGGAUGGUGAUGGCACUGGCACUGGCAACACUGGCAAUGGCAAUGGUUCUAGUCCUAGUGCUGCAGAAGUUCCAGAAGUUCCAGAUUCGGAUGGCGCUGGCAAUGGCACCGUCUUCACUGGCAGUGGCAAAGGCAAUGGUCCUCACGGAGACGGAGAUGCAGAAGUUCCGUUGCAUGAUGCCGCCGCCGCCACACAGAAUGUGGCUGAGGCUGGGGCAGCGGCUGAGACUGAGGCAAAGGAGGGCCCUGGCAUUCAUGACCCAGAACUUCCACAGCAUGUACAGGUUUCGGCAACGGAGAGCAGUGGUGGUGGUGACAAUGGUGGUGAACUUCCAAAGCCUGUGGCGGAGGACGCUGAGGCUAAGCAUGGCAAUGGUGAUCUUGCAGGCAAAGCUGACGAAGCUCCAACGGUUGGGGCUGGGGCUGCGGCUGGGCAUGCUUCUGAGGGAAUAAGCAAGGGUGACUUUGGUGGUCUUUGCCCAGAGAGUUCAGAGCCUGAGCCAGGCAUGAAGCGGAAAGAAUCGGAAAGCGCUUCCAGCGCUCUUAUGACCGAGAAAAAGAACCAGGAGCAAGUGGACAGCGAGAAGGACAAGGCUUCCGCGGAGGUGCGGAUGCGUGAGCAUGACAAGGAGGACUGCGUGGGCAUGGAGGCUGUGGGUGGGUCUUCAAUGUCACAGCAGGACUCAGACCAGGGAAAAGUCAAACGCCUUGGAGGCCAUCAUGAGAGCAACGAGAAGAAGAUUGAUGCAAAACAGGCAAAGACAAAGGCUUCGGUGUUGGCAAUUGCUUCGGUGUUGGCGCAGGCUAAGGCCAAGGCAAAGCCUAAGGCUAAGUCUCAGCCAAAGUCCAAGCCAAAGAGUGAGCCCAAGUCCAGAUCUAGAGCAUCAGCUUCCAGCAAAGCUGGGACAAAUGCCAAGUUGACAGAGUUGUUCAACAAGAAUGAUCAUGAUCAGAUCCCGAACCCUCCGAAGAAGCGGAGGAUGACCUAG